GCUGUCUUAUCCACGAAAACGGAGCAAAGACUUGCACUUUUAUUUUUUGGCCUGGGAGGAGUAUGUAACAGCAGCCCAUAGCAGGGCCAGGGCAGCAGCAAAAAGGAAACGUCAAAAUGCCAACUGGACUAGUAGCCGAGCCGAAUCCGAUGAUGACCCAAGCUACCAGCCCACCUCACCUCACGCGCUCACUCACAUCCCGGCGACGCACCCUCACCCUCUUUCUAUUAUUCCCUUUCCCUACUCUCACGCCCCUCUCAUGUGUCCGGCGCGUCAUCGCCGAACCGACCCCUACCUCUCCUUUUUCUUUUAACCUUUCCCAAUCAAUAACCUAAAUCUCCCCUACCGCCCCAAAAACAAAAACCAACACCACCCCGUUCUCCCCACCCCCAAUGGGCGACCUUACCGAUUCCCUCACGCCGUCAACUACCCCCACCCCUCUUUCCACCACGCCCCACUCACGUCCGCUUCCUGUCCGUGAAGAUUGUUGGUCGGAGGAAGCUACCUCUACCCUCGUCGACGCUUGGGGUCGCCGUUAUCUCGAGCUUAACCGUGGGAACCUUCGCCAGAAGGACUGGCAGGGAGCUGACGCCGUUAACGCCCUUCAUGGUCAUACCAAAAAGACGCAUCGUACCGAUGUCCAGUGCAAGAACCGGAUUGAUACCAUUAAGAAAAAAUACAAGAUCGAGAAAGCUCGUGUUACCUCCUCUAAUGGAACCCUAACGUCAUCUUGGCCUUUCUUCGAACGCUUGGAUGCUCUUAUAGGAUCCAAUUUCUCCGCUAAAAAGCCUUCGCCGUCGCCUAAGAUAUCACCGAAGCCAUCGCCGAGGUUGUCACCAAGGAUCCCGGGGUCUCCUCCUGUGGCUCUCCCGCUUCCGCUGCCGUACAGGAGGACUCCGGCGUCGGCUACGGUUGUCGCUCUUCCGCAGAAGAGGCCGGCGGACGAUGGAUACUUCAGGAGAAACUAUUCUGCCGUCGCGGCUGCAGCGGCUGCUGCAGCUGCGGAAAGUGAUGAGGAAGAGGGGGAGGAAAGCGAGGCGGAGGAAAGCGAAGGAGAAGGAGAGGAGAGGGAAGGGAUGAGUAGAUUGGCCAGAGCGAUAGAGAGGUUUGGGGAAGUGUAUGAAAGAGUGGAAGGGGAAAAGCUAAGGCAGAUGGUGGAAUUGGAGAAGCAAAGAAUGCAAUUUGCUAAAGAUUUGGAAGUACAGAGGAUGAGGAUGUUUAUGGAUACGCAGGUGCAGCUCGAGAGGAUCAAGCGUGGCAAACGAUCCUCGGGGUCCAGUGACAUUUAUAGCUAGCCAUCAGGGGAAGAGUUUUGAUUGUUUUUUGCGUGGGAAAAACAUGAAGAAUAUUGAUUUUUAUUCUCAUCCCUUGAAAGUACAUAUAGUUCUAGCUGAUACUGGCCUCUGAAGAUAACCAGCAGUUGGCAGAUAAGGUUGCCAGAGUUUCUAAAGUUUCUCUCGUUUGCCUUUUCCCCUUCAUUUUUGGGGGCAUAAAAAAAAACUGAAGUCAUUGUAAUUUAAUUUGGGCUGUUGAACUGGGCCUACAUUUGGCCCAAUGUCUUUUUCGUUUGUAGUUGGUGAGUCUCUAACUUAAAUAGUUCUUGCUAGUCUCAUCUUUCUUGCAAUGUACAAGAUUAGGUUGUAAUCAGAAACUCUUUGUUCACUCUC